AUGGCCCCGCCGCCGCCCGGCCCCCGCCGCCCUCUCGCCCCGCUGCUGCUGCUCUUCCUCCAGGUGUCUGCUCUGCUGGGGGCGCGCACGAGCCCUUGCCCCGCCGCCUCGGAGCGCGUCGUCUUCACGGUGCCCGACGGAGAGCUGUCCCGGGGCCAGGCUUUGGGCCAAGUCCAGUUUUCAGACUGCCACGGGCGGAAGCUGGCCUCCUACGGCACAGAGGACGAGCGCUUCCGGGUGCUGGCGGAUGGCACCGUGGUGGUGCGGAGCCACACGCAGCUGCACGGGCAGGAGCAGACCUUCGCCGUGCAUGCCUGGGAUUCCACAGGCACCAAGAUCUCCGCCUGGGUUACCGUGCAGAACAAAGGCCGGCCUUCUUCCAAGGAGGAGCCUGACCCCGCCAAUGAAGGGACGAAGGUGCUGCGAUUCCCAUCGGCAAAGCCUGGUUUGAAGAGGCAGAAGAGGGAUUGGGUGAUCCCUCCCAUCAGAGUCCCUGAAAAUGAGAGGGGUCCGUUUCCCAAGAAUCUUGUUCAGAUCAAAUCAAACCGGGAUAAAGAGACCAAGAUCUUCUACAGCAUCACUGGCCAGGGGGCAGACACCCCUCCCGAGGGGGUCUUCACCAUUGAGAAGGAGACGGGCUGGAUGAAAGUGACGCAGCCACUGGACAGAGAGCACAUUGAUAAAUACCACCUUUUAUCCCACGCCGUGUCUGAGAAUGGCAAGCCUGUGGAGGAACCGAUGGAUAUAAUAGUCACCGUCACGGACCAAAAUGACAACCGACCCCAGUUCACCCAGGAGGUCUUUAAAGGGUCUGUCCUGGAAGGAGCAACACCUGGAACCUCUGUGAUGGAAGUCAGCGCAACUGAUGCGGACGAUGCGAUAGAAACCUACAACGGGGUCAUUGCCUAUUCCAUUGUGAGCCAAGAGCCCAAGGAGCCCCACCCGCAGAUGUUUGCCAUCAACAGGGCAACGGGGGCUAUCAGCGUGAUCGCCAGUGGCUUGGACCGAGAGCGAGUGAGUCAAUACACCCUAACCCUGCAAGCAGCAGACCUGGAUGGCUCCGGGUUAACCAACUCUGCAACCGCCGUGAUAGACAUCGCCGAUGCAAAUGACAAUGCGCCCAAGUUCAAGGACCAAAUGUACUCUGCAGAGGUACCGGAGAACGAAGUGGGCUGGGAGGUGGUGCAGCUGGCUGUGACCGACGUGGACGAGGUCAACUCCCCAGCCUGGCGGGCCGUGUACACCAUCGUGCAAGGCAACGAAGGGGGCUUCUUCGCCAUCACAACGGAUCCAGAGACCAACGACGGCAUCUUGAAAACUGCAAAAAGCUUGGACUUUGAAGCAAAGAACGAGUUCCUGCUGCAGGUCACGGUGGCCAACGAGGUCCCCUUCGUGGUCAAGCUCCCAACUUCCACAGCAACUGUGACCAUCACCGUGAAGGAUGUGAACGAGGCGCCGGUCUUUGUACCUCCAGUCCGGACGGCAGAAGUCUCCGAGGACAUCCCGAUAGGGCGGGAGGUGGCCACGUACACGGCUCAAGACCCAGACAAGAUGCAGCCCCAGAGAAUCAAGUACUCUAUGGGCAAUGACCCCGCAGGCUGGCUGGCCAUCCAUCCUGAAAACGGCAUCAUCACGGCCAGGGACCACAUGGAUCGCGAGUCCCACCACGUCCGGAACAACACCUACGUGGCCACUGUGCUGGCGGCGGAUGACGGCACCCCCCAGAAAACGGGGACAGGCACCCUCCUACUGACGCUGCGGGAUGUGAAUGACAACGGCCCGGUGCCUGACCGGUGGGCGAUCACGGUCUGCAAUCAAGACCCAGUGCCCCAGCUGCUGCGCGUCCUCGACCAGGACCUGCCCCCCAACACCGCCCCGUUCCGCGCAGAGCUCCGCCACAAUUCAGAUGAAAACUGGGCUGUAGACAUGGACACGAACGGGGAAACGGCCAUCUUGAAACUGCUGACGCCCCUGAAGCAAGAGACGUACAACGUUUACCUCGAGCUCUUUGACCACCAGAACAAGGGCCAGCUGACCACCAUCAAGGCCACCGUCUGUGAAUGCGAGGGGCACGUGGAGGAGUGCCCGGAAACGCAGCUGGCUGGCGUCGGGGCUUCCGUCAUCCUGGCCAUCUUGGGCUCCAUUUUGGCCUUGCUGAUUCUGCUGUUGCUGCUGCUGCUCUUUGUGAGAAAGAGGAAGGUGGUGAAGGAGCCGCUGCUGCUUCCGGAAGAAGACACGCGGGACAACAUUUUCUACUAUGGGGAGGAGGGCGGCGGGGAGGAGGACCAGGACUACGACCUCAGCCAGCUGCACAGAGGCCUGGAUGCUCGUCCGGAGGUCGUCCUCCGGAAUGACGUUGUGCCCACCCUCCUUCCCGCGCCGCAGUACCGCCCGCGCCCAGCAAACCCUGAUGAAAUUGGGAAUUUCAUCCAUGAGAACCUGAAGGCGGCCGACACGGACCCCACGGCGCCUCCCUACGACUCCCUGCUGGUGUUCGAUUACGAGGGCAGCGGCUCGGAGGCCGGCUCCUUCAGCUCCCUGAACUCCUCCGGCUCGGAUCGGGACCAAGACUACGACUACUUGAAUGACUGGGGCAGCCGCUUCAAGAAGCUGGCCGACAUGUACGGCGGUGGUGUGGAUGACUAAGGCGCGUGGCUGGCUUCCGCCCCUGCCGUGGGCAUCUUUGCCGGAGCCACGUGCUCCUCCUUCUCGACAGGGCCCCCUCUUGCCCCGUGCCGGCUGCUGCCCACAUGCCAAACCCACCGCACCUCCGCCUGCCCCCCCCCCCACGUGGCCGUGGGCUUCCCGAGGAGACCCUCCCCCACAAGCCUCCUCUUGGGAGGAGGAGGCCCUGAACCCGCCUCCUGGCCUCGCGUUUUGCCUCCCUCUGAGCUCAGGGCUGCCUCCAAGCGCCGGCCUUGCAGGGCUCCGGGCCAGCCCGGCCCCCUCUCCCUACGUUACCUGCCUGAGUGCCUCUAGAUGAUGGUGCCGUCCCUUGCUGAGGAACCUGGCGGCAGGCCGGCAGGCCCAAAUUCUGCCCCCAGAUUCCGGGAGUCAGAAGAUGCCGCCCAGUUUUUGGUGCUGGGGCUGGCUGUGGUUUGCUUGGAGCCUGUGUGUGAGAUGCAAGGAGGAUAGACGCUGGAGGCUGCGGUAGCCGUGUGUGUGUGUGUGUGCUGUAGCGGGCCAGUUCUGCCCAGAUGCCUCCGGCCAGCCCCAUGUGCUCAGCCCCACAAGUGCCAGCGGCCCUCCCAGAAACUCUCUUUGCUGCCUUUUUUUAAAAAAAUAAGCGUAUCCUAUGUGUUCCUAGGUCAGUUGGGUUUUUUUUGUACUGUGUAUAAAAUAGACUUGGUGAUAAACUAAAUGAUUGGACAAUCAGGGUGUAAAGUUUUAAUAAAGGAUUUUCUUUUUUA